AGAGGAAUGGCUCCUCGGCACUCUAGCUGAGACAUAAAAGGGAAUUGACAGAGCUAAGAAGAUUCAAGACGCCAGAGAAUCAUGGUGAAUACAAGAAAGAACUCCCAUCUCAAGCAAUGCAGUCCUUUCAUCUCUGGUCGGACGAGGUCGUCUCUUAGGAAUAAUCCAAACUUGGACGAGCAUAACCAUAAGGACCCCAGCAGUGAUGUCAGCUGUGGUAGCCCUCACUUAUCUCCUCCGUCUAAGCGGACACGCAGACAGACGCCCCCUAGCUCUAGUGACACUUCACCCAGUCCCCAGAGCAAAGGGCAGAGAGUCGCAUGGAACAUCUCCAAACACUGCACCAGGUUAUCCACUGAAGACUUACAAAAUGGACACAGCCGAAUGACCCGGCGGGGAAAUGACGGCACAGAUGGGGAUGAUGCUCACUUGAAUGGCCAUGUUCAGCUAAAGCGGAGCUGCCGCGAGAAAAAGAGCCGGUUUGAGCAUCUCAAUCAGAGCCUUCUGUUUGACCAGCUAGUCAACAGUACGGCGGAGGCAGUGCUGCAGGAGAUGGACAACAUCAGCAGCAUAAGACAGAACAGAGAGGUGGAGCGGCUCCGCAUGUGGACAGACACAGAGCUGGAAAACAUGGACAUGUACUCCAGGGUGAAGAGGCGGAAGUCCAUGAGGAGGAAUACAUUUGGAAUGCAGACUCACCAUAAAGUCAUAAGUAAAUCUGAGGCCCCCGAGGAGGAGGAGGAGGAGGAGGAGGAGGAGGAAGAAGGAACUGGGGAAUCACAUGAAGAGGGAGAUGAGGAUGAUGAGGAUGAUGAAGGAGAUGAAGUGGAAGAAGCGGGAGAGGAGAAUGACAGACCUUACAACCUCAGGCAGCGCAAAGCCGUGCAGCGAUAUGAGGCGCCACCCAUAGAGCCAGUGAACAGGAAACAAAGCAAGAACACACUGUUUGACACACUCAGAUCCCCUGCAAGGAGAAGCCAUAUUAGAAUAAAGAAGCAUGCCAUCCAUAGUAGUGAUACCACGUCCUCGUCAGAUGAGGAACGAUUUGAGAGGAGGAAAAGUAAAAGCAUGACACGUGCUCGAAACAGAUGUCUGCCAAUGAACUUGCGAGCUGAAGACCUGGCCAGCGGAGUGCUUCGUGAUCGGGUGAAAGUUGGUGCUAGUUUAGCUGAUGUGGACCCCAUGAAUCUGGACACCUCUGUGAAAUUUGACAGUGUGGGAGGGCUUAUAGACCACAUUAAGUCUCUCAAGGAGAUGGUCAUCUUUCCCCUUCUCUAUCCAGAAGUGUUCGAGAAGUUCAAGAUCCAGCCUCCAAGGGGUUGCCUGUUCUAUGGGCCUCCAGGGACAGGGAAGACAUUGGUGGCACGGGCACUGGCUAACGAGUGCAGUCAAGGGGACAGGAAGGUGUCCUUCUUCAUGCGCAAGGGAGCUGACUGCCUCAGCAAAUGGGUUGGAGAGUCAGAACGACAGCUCCGCCUUCUCUUUGACCAGGCAUACCUCAUGAGACCCUCCAUCAUCUUUUUUGAUGAGAUUGAUGGCCUUGCACCUGUUCGUUCUAGCAGACAGGAUCAGAUCCACAGCUCCAUAGUUUCCACAUUGCUGGCUUUAAUGGAUGGUUUGGACAGUCGAGGGGAGAUAGUGGUCAUUGGUGCUACAAACAGACUCGACUCUAUCGACCCUGCACUCAGGAGGCCCGGCCGCUUUGAUCGGGAAUUUCUGUUCAACCUGCCAGAUAAAAAGGCCCGAAAGCACAUUCUAGAAAUCCACACCAGGGACUGGAGCCCAAAGUUGGCAGAACCCUUUGUGGAUGAGUUGGCAGAAAAAUGUGUCGGCUACUGCGGUGCUGACAUCAAAGCACUUUGCACGGAGGCAGCGCUGGCGGCUCUGCGCCGCCGCUACCCUCAGAUCUACGGCAGCAGCCAGCGCUACAAGCUGGACGUGGGCUCCAUCGUGCUCGGGCCACAGGACUUUGGCCGCGCCAUGCGCUCCAUCGUUCCUGCUGCCCAGCGGGCCUUAGCCCCGGCAGGGCAUGCACUCUCCGCCACACUGCGCCCCCUGCUGGAAAGCUCGCUGGCCCACACACUUGCCUGCCUGCUCCGAGUCUUCCCCCACGCAGAGUUCCUGCAAACCUACGACACUGACAAUCAGCUGCUUGAGGAGGACUCUUACAGCGAGGAUGAGGACAGGGUUGGUGCUCAGUCUAUCUACAAUGUUCAGCCAGGAUCCCCAAAGAAGUCAGACUCCUCCACAGCGCACAAACCCUUUCUUCAUUUUACCAGGUCUGCCUACCAGCAGCCCACCUCGUACCGACCGCGGCUGCUCCUCACGGGGCCCCAGGGCUUGGGCCAGAGCACGCACUUGGCCCCAGCCUUACUGCAUCAUCUCGACAAGUUCACUGUGCACCGCCUUGACCUGCCCACUCUCUACUCAGUCAGUGCCAAGACCCCGGAGGAAUCCUGUGCUCAGGUAUUUCGGGAGGCGCGGCGGAGCGUCCCCGGUGUAAUCUACAUGCCCCACAUCAGCGAGUGGUGGGAGGCCAUCAGUGACACGGUAAAGAGCACCUUCCUCACGCUGCUGCAGGACGUUCCUUCCUUCACCCCUCUCCUCAUCCUCGCCACGGCCGAGCACACCUACCUGCAGCUCCCUGAGGAGGUAAAAUGCAUCUUCAGUCGCUCGUAUGGAGAGGUGGUGUGUCUUAAAACGCCAGGAGAAGAUGACCGCACAAAGUUCUUCAGUGACCUCAUACUGGUACAGGCUGCCAGGCCACCGCCCCUCCGGAGGAGAAAAGUAUGUGAUUUUGAGGUGCUGCCUCUAGCAGAGGACCCUGGCCCUCGGAAACACUCUCCAGAGGAGCAGAAGCGGCUGGAGGAGCAGGAGGAGAACACUCUACGCGAGCUCCGCCUCUUUCUCAGGGAUGUCACCAAGCGGCUGGCCACAGACAAGCGCUUCCAGAUCUUCAGCAAACCUGUAGAUAUUGAGGAGGUGUCUGAUUAUCUGGAGGUGAUCAGAGAGCCUAUGGACUUGUCCACUAUCAUGACAAAGAUUGACACUCACAAGUACACAACUGCCAAGGACUUCCUGGUGGACAUUGACCUCAUCUGCAGCAAUGCGUUGGAGUACAAUCCCGACAAGGAUCCAGGCGAUAAGAUUAUUCGACAUAGGGCAUGUAGUCUGAAGGAUACAGCCCAUGCAAUGAUCACCUCCGAGCUGGACCCAGAGUUUGACCGCAUGUGUGAGGAAAUCAAAGAGUCUCAGAGGAAAAGAGACCUCCAGACUCCGGUUCAGCAGGCAGCCGCCCCAGCUGCCGCAGUAGGCAGGAAGGCCGUGGUGGAUGAGCCCACCGGGAGCACCUCUCAUGGCGAUGGACUGGACAAGCACUGCAGCAAUAGCAUUAAGCGCAAAUCCCGUCGCCGGUCGAUUUGGGAGCGGGGUAUCAUCAGGAAAAAGAAGAGCAGUAAAAAGGAGGAAGCAGAGGAAGACGAGGACCCUGAGGAGGAAGAGGGAGUCGAAGACUUGGCUGGUGCUAGUCAAGGCGAAGCCUGUCUGACUCAGGAUGAGUCCUCUUGUGAUACCAUAGACCCCCAGCCUGACAAACCCCUUACCCAGCCCAAUGGAUAUGCCCUGUCCACCGAGGAGGAGAACUCCAGUGAACCCACUGCAACUGAGGCUCCUCAGGAACCUGAAAUGGCAAAGAUGACUACCUCUAAGGAAGCUCCUCCUGGAGAGGAGAGGGAAGCGACUGUGGUUUCUGCCCCUCAGGACUGUGUGAAUGGAGAUGAGUCAAUGGACAGCAUAGACAGCGAGGCCCCUGAGAAGGAAUCGGGUAUUUGUCCAGAGGCGCCGCCUGCUCCUGUCAAAGGAGAAUCACAGGUUGGAGGUGAAGAUGCUGUACAAGAAUGCAAGGCACAGGAGUGCAUGCCUGCAACAGAAAGAGCAGCCAGUGAUGGAGAACAAGAAAGCGAAGGCACCUGCAAAGAGAUGUGGCAAUGUAGCCAAUCAGAUCAGCAGAAGGGGGUUCUGGAUGACAGGCCAGAGGACCGUCCACAAUCCCCGCCCCCUCCUGUUUUAGUGGUUGACCAUCAGCGGCUCAAGGCCUUACUGGAUCAGGUAGUGGUGAAGAGUGAGGGCUACAGUGUGGAUCUGUUGGAGAGGAUCUACUCUUUACUCAGCCAGUGUAUCUACCAGCACCGCAGGGACUAUGACAAGACCCACCUGAUUGAGGAGAUGGAGAGGCAAGUCCAGCAUUUCAAAACAUUCCUGUGAUGAAUUGAGGGCUUUCAGCAGUGAUGGUAAUCGGAAACUCCUGUGAUUCAUGAGGGAGUAUAGCCUAUUGAACCAAGCCCUUCCAUGAGGAGCCGAGCAGGUUUGCUCUUAAAUGAGAAUGUGAAAUGAGAAGGUAAAGGAGACCUUCAAAGACUUACAGUGGCGACCUUGGUGCUAUUGUCUCAGGUACCUGGACAGAAUCAGUCUACAGAACCAAACGCAACUCAAGACUCAUGUAGGUUUCAGUUUUUACAAACAUGUAUGCCAAUUUCUAAUGGGCGUCAUUGGUGCUAUUGGGUGCUAUUGUUUAUCUAUUUGCUGCUCCUUGGGUUUCUUUAAAAAAUAAGAAAUGGAAAAAAAACAAGAUAUUAAAAGUUAAACAAUGCUUAAAAAAAGAUUGUGUGAUGUCACUCGAAAACCUCAGCCUCCUUGUCAGGAAGAAACCACACACACACACACACACACACACACAGGCACAGAUUCUCACCAGCAGUGGCAAAAAAAAAGUGUGAAAGGCAGCGCAACACCAAGAGGUCGAGUCAGUUUAUGUACUGUGGAAACAAACUGCAUUGCUCGCCCUCUCUGCCCACCAUCUUGAUGUGUUAGUGUCCGCUGUGAUCUUUCCACCAGUAGGCAUUCAAAUACAAGCACUGCAUCCCUAUGAUGAUACUUCCCACUGCCGUAAAGAACACCAUUUUUAAAGAGAUUUUUUUGUGAUCUUAGGUUCUGUUGGAUUGUAAGCAUUUUUUUUAAUCUGCUUUUCAGAUUUAAGGACCUCUAUUAAAAUCCUUUCUAGUGAAAUACUGAAGUGUCAUUCUGUCAAGAGUUCCAGUAGAAAACAUCUCCAAAUAAUGUUACUAAACUGGAAACCCAGUCUAGAUUUGGUUUGGCUUGGAGUAACUGGAUUCAGAAGUAAUUGGUGUCUAGAGGUUGCACUGCUGACCAUAUGCUUGAACCUCCAAAAUAAUACACAUUGUUUGAUACAAGACUGAGAUUACAAAGUAUUCAUCAACUCCAUAGAACGGGACAUGUCUCUUGUGAAAAUAAACCUCUUCAUGUAUCAUGGACAAUUACAUAAAGGGACCAUCUUGGCUACACUGAUAUUUGUUCUGAUGACUGCCUUCUUUUUUUAAUUUAACAUUGGGCCAGUCAUUUUCACAUAGAUCGUGUUCUCUCAAUUGCUUUUACAUGCACAUGAGCACCCCCACAAAUUCAGAGUUUUCUGUAGCCAGGUGGUUUUGCCAUAACUCAUUCUUUGUUGGAAUAUUCUGUCAUUUUACUUUAUUACUUCUCAGUUUUUGAGUUGAAACAAUGCUAAGGUCGUUUGCAUUAGAAAACAUAUGAACAAGGCCAUUUUAUCCAGUGCCUCUGUGUUUAACAUGUGGAGCAUUGCUUCUUUCAUCUCUUGGUGUUUAAUAUUAGCUUUAUUUUUCCUCCAGACUUUGUUUGCUCAUGGCUAAGUUCUGCUGACUGAUGAUGAUGAUGAUGAUAAAAUCUUUGAUUGGUGGCUGUGUAUUCUUUCAAUAGGUAGAUUUUAGUUCAGCUUUGGUGUAGCGCAAGUAGCUUAUUAGCCAAGUAUUUUUGAAUGCUUUUUUGAUCUGCUACUUUCUCCAGUUUGUUAAAAGAUUUCUGCAAACUUGAAACUCAUCUCAAUUUAUGUAAAGGUGAGUACAGUUUAAGAAAUUGUUUAAAACAUGCAAAAAAGGAGGACGUAGUUCUGGACUACUACAGUGAGAUAAAGAACCAUGGCUACCUCAAUUAUUGUGAUGCUGACGAGACGAGAAGUUUACUAAAUACGUCCAGUAUUUGUCAGCAUCUGUUACAUUACUGCACCCUUGUUCAUUGGCCAGGUGCUGAGAACCAAGGUCUGGGGCUGAUGCAUGAACCGUGCUUCUGCUCAGUUUUGGUUCUUGUUUUUUUUUGGUUUUUUUUUGUUUGUUUGGGGUUUUCUGUUGUUGUUUGUCUGUUUUGCAGUUGAGCCGACACAAUGCAGCAUGUUAAUUUCAGAAACUUUGCAUUGUGUAUUUGUUUUGCUUUCUUGUUCAUCUUUAUUUUUUUUCUCUAUAAUUCACUUUUUUCUGUCAGCAAACAUUGGCAUCCAAUUAUUUCUUUUUCUUCAUUGAACUGUCAAUUGGGCCUUCAUGAUGGCAGCCAUAUUGUUUUUCCACUACAAUUUCUUUCACUCUUACAGAAUUACACCAUUUGAUCUCUUUUUCUAGCUAUACCCAUUUAUUUAUUAACAUAAGUAUUAAACAGUGUGUUUGACAGUCUGAUGUUCAACUAUUCCUUUGUAUGCAGUUUUCUAAAAGCCAACAAAUUGGAAAUUUGUUACUCAUUUUUUGAAGUUUGUCUCAAUGUAGCACAUUUUUGUAGCAGGUUUGUGCAGAUGGAGAAUAUGGAGGUUUAUGGGUCUCAGGUCUCUGCUACAUUAAUGACCUAUUUAUUUUGUUACAAAGGUGGUGGUGCUUCUUGGAUUUUGUGGUAAAGGAACGCAAAUAACACAUGGAAAAUAACAAACGUGAUGAGCAUUGUAUCAUACCCCCUCUCCUUUUGCAAGUAGUGAACAUAACAUGCAUGUUUGGUGUGGUGUAGAUUCUACUGUCUUGACCACUGGUUCUGAAAUACUGACAGUACAUUUACCUUAGAAAUUUUCAGACUCUGAAAUACAGGGAAUAUAAAAUGUUACCCAUGUUCACUAACUGCUGUACUCAAAUGUAAUGAAUUAUUUCGUACCUCACCGAAUUUGUGCGUAUUUGAAACACUUGCUAUGAUCCAACAUGUUUAAACAUAUGUUAAAUGAAAUUACAUGGCUAAUUUAUAAAGAUAAUUGAAAACAGAUUAUUACAAACUGAAUACACACAGAUAAAAAUGGGAAACAUCAUUCAAAUAUUUAUUAAAGUAACUAAACGAGACAAGAAGCCUUCAUUAAAAAAAAAUAAAAUAAAAAAAA